AGGAAUUGGAUUAGUUUUCUCUAUUGAUGAGUAGCAGGGAUUAAGCAUGAGCAUUAACGUACCUAUUUAUUACGAUGACCAGCCGUUUUACGGUUGGAACGAUAGAAGAAGGGCGCCGAAUCGUCCACUCUAUCAAAACAUUGGUCGACGGCAACCGACAUAUUUCAGUCUAUAUAACCCAUCAGACGUGUUUAGUGAGUAUCCGAAAAGCCAACACUACCAAAAACCUCGUUUCGGGGAAAGAAGAUUCGGAAAAAUGGCAAAAUCGCCCAUGCAGAAAAUUCCUUCAAUGACGAGGAAAAGGAUCAUUUGGGUGAUUUGGGUGGCAGUGGAUGGGAUAUUCCGGUGCAUUAUGUGGGUAAAGAGGAACACGAUCAUCACAUAAAUAAAAUGCCAAAACGACGAUCAUCGGACAACGGUAAAAAUUUGCAGAAAAGCGGAAAAGUAGGGAAAGUAUACGAUGAUGGUGAAGAAAACGUUAUCCAACAAUCAAAUAAGAAAGAAAAAGAGAACAUAAGAAUGUUCUCACAAACUUCAAGUACAAACGAUAGCAGUACAUCAAAAAGUUUUCCUGAAAGUUCAAAAGCAAAAAGGGAAAAGACUUGUGAUGAAACAGUUACAGUUGAUCCACCAACAAGAGUAACUCCUCGUGUCUCAAGGCAGGUCAGUCAUGGUGACCCACCCACUCCUGCAGAAAUUAAAAUAACUAGAAUUAAGUCAAUUGUGGAAAGAACUAAUGGUUUUGAACCAAAAAUUAUUGAUUUUGCUGACCAUACACAAAGUAAGAAUUAUUUGUAUAUUAGUGAAACCCUUAUGAAAGCACUGCUGGACUUAGAUACUGUAGAUUCAGAAGGUUUGGAUACUGUUCGCAAGUCUCGCAAGGAGGCAGUGGAUGCUGUUCAAGCAUUGGUAGACAAACUUGAGGAAAAGUUAGAAGAAAAUAAGCUAAAAUCUGGAGAACAAAGUAGUUGAAGGUUUUUUUAUAUUUUAUUGUAAUUUAUUGCAUAUCAUUGUCUUACUAAAAUAUGUAGUUGCUUGCUUGCUUGUCAAAUGUGCAGUUCACUGAUAACAACAUGACUUUGCAUUUGUGUUACGUAAUAUGAAAAUGUAGAUUUGCAGAAGAAGUUUGAUUAUAUGUAGAGUUAAAAA